AUGGAUCCCAGAAGUCGAAGCGAGGCCGAGGCACUUCUCCUAGAGGCCGGCCGCACUCAUGGCAUCCACAUCAAACAGGAUGAGGUGCGGCGUGCUCUGGUCGACCCGCGACACGGACCGGCCUUUGCUGAGUGGGCUUCCCUCCACCUAGGACGGGACAAUCUCGUCACACCGGAUGAGAUGGCAUUGUACACCGCGUUAGACAAGAGCGGCGAGGUAGACAGGCUGGCAGAGCUACAUGACCUGGCAGAGGUGCAAGCCGUGACCGACGAUGAGAUCAGAACUGCCAUCCAGGAGCUGCAGCGGUCCACCCAGGCCAUCACCAAGCAGACUGACUCGCUGAAGCUGCAGCACGAUGCCCUUGCGCGUCUCGUCAAGAAGACAGCCGACACUGAUAGCCGACGUCGCGACCUCGAAACCUCUCGUCAACGGAGGCUGGCUACAGAACGCAAACAUAUUUCUGCCGAAGUCGAGGAUCUGUCUCAGAGUCUCGGCUUCCGGAUCUCGGAUAUUGAACAGCAGACUGGAGACUCAGGCGAGGCUCUGCGCCAAAUCGUCGGCGAUGUACUACGCUCGGAUGACAAGCUCUUGUCCAGCCUGCAGAAGCUCGGCUGGGAGCUUGACCAGCAGGACCCCGAGGAGACACAGAUGGUCGCGAAGCUACGCGAAGUUUGCAUGAGGCUCAUCAAGAACACUGUGGAAAUGCUCCGAGCCAAGUUAGACAGGAUCUACUUGGACGGUCUAAUCGAGGGAGAGCGCCAGAGUCGAGGCAGCAGCAGCGACGAGUACGUCACGGAAGACGAGGUCAACGCCCUCCAGGCAGAGGUCGAGUCUCUGUACUCGGAGAUCCUCCCCGUGGCCCAAAUGUCUGUCGAGCAGCGGUACAUCGAGCCAGCGCUCAAGUCGGUGUCCUCCCGCAGCAGUCAAGGCCUAUCCCGCUCUGUGACGGCGAUUGCCUACAUCAACGGCUGCCUAGACCACCUGCUUGAGCGUACCGGCCGUCUCGCAGACCGGAUUGGCUCGUUCAAGUCUCACCAGGCGGCGUCCACGUCUCUUGUGGCGACGGCCAAGGCCGAGAUCGCGACCCCGACAGAGCCGCCGAGCCGUCCUGCGAAACCGGUCGUCCCAGCCUCGCCUGUACGCCGACGCCCCCGCGCCGCCACCGCCCCACGGCACUCGUCGAGCCUCAUCGACGUCCCGCCCACAGAGGCCCUCCUCCAGCUGCUCUCGGUCCACAUCGACAUCGACGCCGACAACGACGGCGGAGAGCAAAAGAUCCAGGCCCUCUCCCGCGCCCUGGCCGACCGGAUCAGCAAGGAGAGCGACGUUGCCCAGAGCAGCCAGGAAAGCUUUGAGAGGAGCGUGACGGCCUACCUCGACGAUGCGCGCCGGGCUCUCCAGCUCCUGCGGGAUAGCCUCCUCGCCGAGUCGGCCUACGGAGAGGUGAAACUGGCGGACCCCGAGGUGGACGGGUCGAUCGCCCUUUUGUCGCGCGAGGUGGUACAGCUCAGGAAUGACGUUCACCGUGCCGAGGUACACCUGGCCAACGGUGGCAAGAGCGAGAAGAGAGAGGAAAUCUUGCAGCGGUGGGGGCAGUAA